AGCAGCUGGUCGCCGAGGGAAAUCCCGCGCGUGCUUUUUGUUCUCUUUCGUUUCGUUUCGCAGUAGCAAUUAUUGCGACAAUUCUGCGAGCGUGGCCCCUGGAAAGCGCAGAUUGCAAAAGAAACAAUGUGCUGCUAAAGUUGCGAGUAGAAUUUUGCACAAUCAUCUUCCUUCCCGAUCAAAUCAUUUGAAAAUUACAAGGCGGGGCUGGACUGACGUUUGAGAUUAUGGAUUGCAACAAGGAGAAAUUAAAAGUGCAGAUCAAACUGGAAGAAAAGGUGGCAACUCAUGGCUGCCUGAAAUUUGAGGGAAAAAAAGAAGCUAAUCCCUCCAUGGAAAUAUGGAAAUUAGACGGUCAGCAAGGAGUAGAAGAGUCUACUUUUAAAAAUGAGCUUGAUCAUGAUUAUUGCCUUAAGAGAAGCUCAAAAGAAAAAAAUCCUAACAACAUACAAGUCUCUGAAGUUGAAACACAAGACAUUGAACAAUUGGUGUUUGAGAGGGACAGAAUGUUGCAAAUUGCCUUUGAUGUCUGUUGCUCAUUUUUGGACGAGAAGCGUGAUUUUCAAUCUGACCGUGAUUCUGCCGACUCGGGCAUAAGUGAACAAGAAGAGCAACCAAAGUGUGAUGAAGUAGAAUUAGUGCCACAGAGAGUGACCCGAUCUCAAAGCAAGGCUGAAGCUCCGAAAGCUCAAGAGGAAGCUAAAAAUAAGCAGUUAGAUGCUCGUUCCAUGGAAGCUUUCCUAUCACUCAACAAUGGCUUCCUACGCAAUGCUGUUAAAGAGGCUGUGAAAGGAACUGAAAUUGGUAAUUUGCUAGACGAGCUGGAGAAGCAAAGGGAAGUAAAUAAAAGCAUUGAUGAAUACAUUGUGACGUUAGAGAAGAGACGAGACAACUUGAAGCUGCACUUGGCCACCACCCAGAGUCUCCUUCAGAACAAACAGGCAGGUGCUAGUAUUUAAGGUCUACUCUCAAGAAGGCCCUCAUCCAUGACUGAUGCUCUAGUUUUUUUU